CUUUCUUUUGUUUUGAGUGUUUCGUUUUUUUUUUCUCCAUUAUUUUUAGCACUUGAUGGCGGGUAAAUUAGUAGUCACCUUUUUAAUGUUUAUUAUAAUUCGUUGCUUUUGGGCGUGAUUAAUGGAAUGUUAUUCUGAGGAAUGAUGAAAAGCUGUUAAUGCAGAAAUGAGUUUUGAGAAGAAAGAGUACGAGUUCUUGACAGAAAUAGGUAUCGGCCCUCGUAACGAUGGAUGCUAUAUCAAUGGCUGCUGGAAGGCCAGUGGCCCUAUUGUUCCUACCGUAAAUCCAGCCAACAAUCAGAAAAUUGCAGAAGUUGUCGAGUGCUCAGCGCAGGAUUAUGCAGAUGGUUUGCAAGCUUGCUAUGAAGCUCAAAAGAUAUGGAUGCAGGUCCCUGCUCCGAAACGAGGUGACAUCGUUAGGCAAAUUGGAGAUGCACUGAGAGCCAAACUUCAGCAACUUGGUCGGCUUGUGUCACUUGAGAUGGGGAAGAUACUUGCUGAAGGGAUAGGGGAGGUUCAAGUGGGUAUCUGUCUCUUUCCUGUAAUUUUGAUGAUCCUGAAUGUAAUGAAUUAGGCUUGCUCAAACUUUUCUGAUGAAUAUCAAUUGUUGACAUAAUGGAUGAAAAUGGGUCUUACAAGUAAGCUCUCUAGUCUAACUUCUUAUGUCUGGCCAAAGGUGCAUUACUUGUCCACUUUCUGGGUACGAAUUGUUCUGAAACUGUUCUGUCACUUAAAAAUUAUGUGAAUUUUGAAUUAGAAAAUGUGUUUCUUGUUAGAAACGGAGGAACUGCAUUUUCGGGUUGUUUUAUUGUCCUAACACUUGUAAUCAAACAAACUACAUCUUGAUUAUCAAUGAUGAGAUAUAAAGCUAGCAUACUGUUGAUAUAUUUAUUGUUAAAUCACAAUGCCAUAUUGUGUGCUUGAAAGCAAUUCACUUGUAUUUCAUUCUAAAUGUCAUAUUUUGUGCUUGAAAGUAAUUCACUUGUAUCUCCUUCUUACUUCCAAUGACCACAGGAAAUCAUUGAUAUGUGUGACUUCGCGGUGGGAUUAAGUCGGCAAUUAAAUGGAUCAAUCAUUCCUUCUGAACGUCCCAAUCACAUGAUGUUUGAGAUGUGGAAUCCUUUGGGAAUAAUUGGUGUAAUUACCGCGUUCAAUUUCCCUUGUGCUGUUCUAGGAUGGAAUGCGUGCCUCGCUCUGGUUUGUGGCAAUUGUGUUGUGUGGAAAGGUGCUCCAACCACCCCUUUGGUUACUAUAGCGAUGACAAAAAUAGUUGCUGGGGUGUUGGAGAAAAAUAAUCUACCUGGUGCUGUUUUUACUGCUUUUUGUGGAGAUGCUGAAGUUGGCCAAGCCAUAUCUAAAGAUGCGCGCAUUCCCCUAGUCUCAUUUACAGGCAGUACGAAGGUGGGUCUAAUGGUUCAACAGACAGUGAAUCAGAGAUUUGGUAAAUGCCUGCUUGAAUUAAGUGGCAAUAAUGCUAUAGUUGUUAUGGACGACGCCGACCUCGAACUUGCUGUGCGUUCUGUUUUGUUCGCCGCUGUUGGUACGGCUGGCCAGCGUUGCACAACUUGUCGGAGAUUGCUUCUUCAUGAGAGCAUAUACGAUCAAGUACUUGGCAGACUCCUAGAAUCAUACAAACAAAUUAAGAUCGGAGAUCCUUUAGAAAAGGGUACACUGCUUGGGCCGCUUCACACUCGUACUUCUAAAGAAAACUUUGAGAAGGGAAUUCAGGCCAUCAUUUCUCAGGGGGGGAAGAUCUUGACUGGCGGUUCUGUGAUUGAAUCAGAAGGAAACUUUGUCCAACCUACAAUUGUUGAAAUCAAGCCCGAAGCUGAUGUAGUCAAGGAGGAGCUUUUUGGUCCUGUUCUUUAUGUUAUGAAAUUUCAGACUCUGAAGGAAGCAAUAGAAAUAAACAACUCGGUGCCUCAGGGCCUUAGCAGCUCCAUCUUCACCCGUAGACCAGAUAUUAUUUUCAGAUGGAUUGGGCCAGCAGGAAGCGAUUGUGGUAUUGUGAAUGUCAACAUUCCAACAAAUGGUGCUGAAAUUGGUGGAGCAUUUGGUGGAGAGAAAGCCACUGGUGGUGGACGAGAGGCAGGAAGUGAUUCAUGGAAACAGUACAUGAGACGGUCUACUUGCACCAUCAAUUAUGGGAAUGACCUGCCAUUAGCUCAGGGAAUUAACUUCGGUUGAGCUUGCUAGAUUUUGGGUCGUUCUCUUCAGGAAGGUUAUCAUCUCUUGGCCACAUCUGGGAUUCUUCCGAAAGGGAAUGUUGUGAAAGCAUGGGGAAGAAUAUGUUUACCUUUCGCAUCUUUUUUUUUAAAAUGUAAUAAUCAUAUGAGUUCAUUUGUGUUAGUGAUUGGGAAUGUGCCGAUGUGUUUUUCAACUGUAAUAGUGCAUUAUGUGGUAUCCAUUAAAGCUCGAAAGAAAAAAUGUGCUUUCCGACUUCGUUAAUUUCCCACUGUUUUAACGCGUAUUUUUCACACGUGGAACUUGGGAAAGGAGUUACAGCAGUGGAUAAAUUUACUGAAAGUCUUUUCAUCAAACAAUGAAAAGGUCCACCAAAUGUGGAGAAUAACAAUUAAAUCCAUAAAUCUAAUGAUAUUCUCACUCUAC